CUUUAAAAAAUGGCCUAGCAUAUCUCAUAUUCACCUCUCUCUCUCUCUCUCAUCAUUUCGUUUCUUCUCUGAUAAACCCUUAGGAAUUGAAUUUUCAAAAGGCUCUGAUAUACAUCAAACACUUCUAGCUUGCUAAGUUUUUUUAAGGGUUGUGACUUGUUGUGUGAGUCAUGGAGAGCACUGAGAUGUCACAGCAGCCAAAUCUGCCACCUGGGUUUCGUUUCCACCCCACAGAUGAAGAGCUUGUGGUUCACUACCUCAAGAAAAAGGUCACCUCGGCUCCUCUUCCGGUUUCAAUUAUCGCUGAGGUUGAUCUUUACAAAUUUGAUCCAUGGGAACUACCAGCUAAGGCUACGUUUGGCCAGCAUGAGUGGUAUUUUUUUAGUCCAAGGGACCGGAAGUACCCGAAUGGGGCGAGGCCGAACCGGGCUGCAACUUCAGGGUAUUGGAAGGCUACAGGAACGGAUAAGCCAGUGUUAAGCUCUGGGAGUAGUCUGAAGGUUGGUGUAAAAAAGGCCCUUGUGUUCUAUGGAGGAAAGCCUCCCAAGGGGAUCAAGACCAAUUGGAUCAUGCAUGAGUACCGGUUGAUUGAUAACAAGCCUAAUAAUAAGCCUCCUGGAUGUGACUUAGGCAACAAGAAAAACUCUUUGAGGCUUGAUGAUUGGGUGCUAUGUCGAAUUUACAAAAAGAACAACACGCAUAGACCUAUGGAUCAUGAAAGGGAGGACUCGAUGGAUGACCUGACUCGACCUAUACCACCUUCAAUAUCUGUGAGCCAACAAAAUAUGAAACUGCAAUUUCCAAAGGCAGGCACAAGCUACGGUUCACUGCUUGACCAGAAUUUGUUUGAAGGGAUAGUAACCAAUGAUGGGAUAAACUCUGGUAUGUCAACCCAGUUAGCCUCUUCAAGUUCUAUGGUUCCAGCCUUGGGAAUCUCAAACAACUUCAAUAUGAAACGGACACUCCCUUCAUUGUACUGGAAUAUUGAUGUGGAACCAUCUGGGCCUUCAUCGAGCAAGAGAUUGGCUUUGGAUGGUAGUGAUGAAAGUGUCACGAGGACAGAUGGGAAUGCUUCUAAUUCUAUUGCCUCUCUGCUUUGCCAGCUUCCACAAACACCUUCAUUGCAUCAACAAGCAAUGCUGGGGUCUGUUGGAGAUAUCAGUCUUUUUCGGGGACCUUGUCAUCUUCCUGGAUUGAACUGGUAUUCUUAAUCAAAUUCUAGUGUUGGGUAUGAAUGGGCAUAUGUUAUGUAAGAACCAUCUCAUGCAACUUAAAAAGGCAGAGUUUCCAUGCAGUUCGAAGUUGUAAAGUUGGGUAUACUAAGAUUUUGGCUGUUAAGGGAACUUGUGAAAUGGCCUCCAAUUCUUCUCAGUGUAUAGAAAAUGGUGCUGCUAAUUUCAGGUGAAGCCGCUAUUAGUAUUUUUAGAUAUAUAAGGUUAUAUAAGAUAUUUAUACUUUGUUGGUUCAUGUAGAGAUGAAAAGACAAAGAAAAGAUGCUAGCUUUUCUUGUAGAAAAAUAAAACAGAUCAAUUAGUAUAUCUUGCUCUGUGUGACAUGUGCUACAUCUUUGUAUAUAUUUAGAUCCCUACUGUGGAACUUUAUUGCUGCACACGUUUCGAAGAGACAAUGGCUAUAGUUUGUCUAUGUAUUAUUAUGUCUGUUCAUCUCCAUCAUCACCAGGAUUGUGGCCAAUUGUGAGUCAUUGGUUAGGCCUAUACUUGAAACUAGAAUUUGAGUGCUUGGUUUUUGCCUU